CUUUCCAAUACGCGCAUCGCCCCAUCCUACCACCACCGCUCGGACAAUAUCAUCUCCUCCAAACCUCUACUCUACAUUUGGACUCUUGUUCAUUCUCUCUUUCCCAGCUCGCCGCUCAGGAGGCGACUGCUGACUGCCCGAAUCAUACGCUACCAAUCAGGGCUCUCGUCGCCUCCCGCUCGACACACGUCUUGCCCCGUGUGGCACACGUCGACCUAUAUUCUCAGAAGCCAUCCACAGGACGAAGCCAGUGCGAGCACUCGAGUCACCUCUCCUCCCUUCGACUACGCGCUGGUGUCUCUCAGCUUUUGCGGUGUCACCUUUGGACGGAACGGGUCAUCACGCCUAGGCGCACACCUCAGCAGACCCUAGGCUUCAAAGUUUCAGUCUCAUACACAUCCAGAGCGUACGCGACACCUCUCACUUACCAUGUUCGGCUCGUCCACACUUCGGCGUAGCAGGGCGCACAAUGCCUCGUCUUCUGGUCCCAGCACCAGCAGCAGCACGCGCAGGAUGAUGUCCACCCUUGCUGCUGGCUGCGCCGCCAUGGCCAUGGUCGCUACGGGCGUGAGCGCCGAAAAGUCGGCAGGUCAGUACGACAAGGUGUUGGAUAACUCGCUGGCAUCCGCAAUGAUGCUCGUGCUGGUCAAUGAGAACACUGUCGCCGUCAUCGACAAGGUGGAGAACAAUACCGACAAACUGGACAACACAGACAAGCCAGUCUGGGCCUCGCUGGUGGAUCUGGAAGAUUUUACCCCGCGUGGUGUGGAUAUCACCACCAACACUUUCUGCGCAUCUGGUGCUCAUCUGGGCAAUGGAUCGUUGUUGGUCGCUGGAGGCAAUCAGGCCAUUCAGGGAGGAGGUGCUGCUUUGGCGCAAGGUCAAGAUCCCAUGACGGGCCCUUACAAGGAUACUGACGGACGCAAAGCGCUUAGAAUCAUGGAACACUCGGAUACCAGCGCAAAUCUGGAGUGGGUCGACAGCAGCUUGUUCAUGUCCUCUGCCAGGUGGUAUCCUGGCAUCGAGACGUUGGCCGAUGGCAGCAUCCUUCUCAUUGGUGGCGCCACUGGCGGUGGCUACAUCAACCGCAACACCCCCAACACCGACCCUGCGUUCCAGGGCGGCUCAAUCGACAACCUCGACGCCGGCGGUUCCAAUCCCACCUACGAGUUCUUUCCCCCACGACCCAACGAUUCCAAGCAGAUCAGCCAAUUCAUGGUGACGACUAGCGGUCUGAACAUGUAUCCCCACACUUUCUUAAUGCCAAGCGGCCUCCUCUUCAUGCAGGCCAACUACAGCACCACGCUUUGGAAUUUCACCGACAACACCGAGACUGCUUUGGCUGAAAUGCCUAAUCAGGUGGUCCGCGUGUACCCAGCAUCUGGCGCAACUGCCAUGCUUCCACUGACUCCCGACAACAACUACACUCCAACGAUCCUCUUUUGCGGCGGUGCUACACUGAGCGACUACGAGUGGGGCAACUACACUGCUCCUACGGUCAACAUUUUGCAGAGAGAAGCAUCGAAGGAUUGCUCUUCCAUCACUCCGGAGGAUGCCAACGGGAAGCAGACAGGAGCUGGUUACGUCCACGAGGAGGAUCUGCCUCAAGGUCGUACCAUGGGUCAAUUCAUCCACCUGCCAGACGAGACGAUGGUCAUUGUGAAUGGAGCGAACAAGGGCACAGCUGGUUACAGUAACCAGAGUUGGACACAGACCACCUUCAACGGCCAGCCACUACUCACCGAAGGUAUGAGCGCUGACCCGACCUACCAGCCAGUGCUCUGGGACGGCAGCAAGCCCAAGGGACAACGUCUCACGACCUCUGGCUUUGGUCUGUCUUCCAUCGCCAGGCUGUAUCACUCCAGUGCCAUCCUUCUUCCAGACGCAUCCGUUCUCAUCGCUGGCUCCAAUCCUCAUCAAGACGUUUCCUUGACCAUGCCCAUCGGCAGCUCUCCCCAAGGAUACAACACCACCUACGAGAUGGAGAAGUGGUACCCACCAUACUACUUCAAGGACCGCCCUCAGCCUCAGGGUCUUCCCAGCUUCAUCCUCUACGGCGGCUCUACAUGGAAGUUUAAGAUUGACGCCAACUUUAUGGGCGCCAACGAUGCUGCCAAUUAUCGAGCUGAGCACACCAAGGUGAUGGUCAUCCGCGGUGGUUUCUCCACGCAUGCUAUGAACAUGGGCCAACGAUCCAUGCGACUGCAGCACACCUACACUGUCAAUGACGACGGAUCCGUCGACUUUGAGGUCAUGCCCAUGCCACAGAACCAGAACGUCUUUGUUGCUGGCCCUGCGCUCCUCUUCAUCACUGUCGAUGGCGUUCCUUCGCUAGGCAAGUACAUCCAGAUCGGCUCGAGGUCAUUCUCAGGCCCAGUGCCUACCACGUACCAGACUGGCUCCAACCCGUCUCUUCCGCAAGCCAAGCCCAACUCCAAAUACACCAAGACACCGCCUUCCAAUGCUGCGGAGGAGUUCGGCAUCGGCAAGAUUGUUGGUAUUGCUGUCGGUGCAGCAGCCAUCAUUGCCCUGAUCCUCCUGGGCUUGUGCUGCUGGCGUCGGUCUGCUAAGCGCGGGGGUGCGGCGGGAGCGGGCGCAAAGCGCGGAGCGGCAGGUGCUGCUGGCGCAGGAGGCGCCAUCUACGGCAUGAACAACUACGCCAACGGAGGACGCGGAGGCGAGUACAAGCGUGUGGACACGCCGAACCCUGGUAUGCACAGCUAUGGCGGAAACUUGGGUGCGCGGGCGAGCAUGGGCACGUUUGACAGCUAUGGAGGAAGCAUUCCGGGCACGCCUGGACAGAGAUACUUUGAUAACCCAGGAGCGGGACAGAGGGAGCCUUUGGCACCAUCACCGCUUGCUCAGCCUUCGCAUUCUCCCAACCCUGCGGGGCAGUAUCAGCAGCAAGGAUGGGGAGAGCACCAGGCUUCGGGAGAUGUGGGAGAGCAGUACUAUCAUAAUGGAGGAUAUUCGGAUCCUUCUCAGUACUACGACCAGCCUAGCCAGCACGGAAGUCGGAAUGCCAGCGGAUACUCGCAGGGUCAGGGUCAACAUCAGCAGAGCUAUUCUCAGCAGCACGACUACUUUCGCAGCGAAUCAUGAUGCGGGAUAUGAAGAGGGAUAUCCCUGUUCUCGCUCGGGCCGCUGAUACGACUCUUGUUCCUGCUCUGGUACGCUCUGCAUCUCUACUGUUCUACUUCUCCUAGGCACCCAUCGACCGUCAAAGCAUAUUAGGCCCUCUCUCUCUCUCUCUCUCUCUCUCUCUCUCUCUCUCUCUCUCUGUCCUCGCAUUGGCUUGCAAAUCCCGGGAUCGGAUCGCAUCAACUCUGUCCUGGAGUCAUACACCUUUUCCCUUCAU